AUGAAACGGUCCAAAAUUUUGGCAAACUGCUCUGAAGGAAUUAUGCAAUCAUCCGAAGGUAAUCAUAUGAACUUUAUUUUUCCUACAUUUCUGUUUAUGCUUGACUCUUCAUUCAUCACUGCUAUGGCAGCAUAAUCUCCAAGAAGUUUACUUCUAUGAUGUCCACAUUCAACUUAUGAACUGAUGCUUAAAUACAACUUUUGUGACGUGCGGUUUUCUAAUGAGUAGAUGACAAUCUUUUUGAAGAAAAAGGUCACAAUGAUUUUGGCUAUUCCUAUCUAAUGAUAACUCUUCAUAAUUUUUAUGCUGUAUUCUUGACAAUGAUGCCACUGUUUUCUUGAGAUUUUUAAUGUCAGAUAACAUGCUUAAUGCUAGAUCUGAAAAUGCUUUGGACGUUUUAGAUGAUAUACUUUCCUAAAAAUCCUGAAGAUUUUUUGAAGUUUUUGUACAAAAUUUGAAACUUUAGAAAGAAAGUCACACACACGCGUACAACUCAUUGUACACUAUCAGACAUUUAUUUUGCAAUUUGUUUAACUGUGACGCUAUUGGUCUGUCUUCAUGAUGAUAGUACAUAGACACUAAAUAUUUUUUGUGCACCGGAAUGUCACAACUGAAGGUAAAAUCAAUCUCAUUAUGUUCUAUCAUUUAUAUCCUUUAAAAACUUGCAAAAUAUGUGCAUUUUUCUUAUUUCUUUUGUUACAUUUAUAUUUAGUGUCGUCAUACUAAAUAUAAAUUAUUCGAAAUUAAUAUAUUUAAUAUAUUUGUUUCAAAUUAUUCGAAAAAUUAAAAUUUAUGUUCUGAUUCUUCUAAUGCUUAUGAUUAUCCCUCCAGUUGGUGAAAAUCAAUUCCAACUGAUUGAAUGAAAUAAAUAGACUAAAAAGCAUAACUGUCAUGAGGAAGGUGACUACAGCAAGUCAAAGGUACUUUUGUUGUCGACUGGUGCUUAGGUACAAUAAACUUCCUAGUAAAAAAUAGGAAUUUUUUUAUGGUACAUUGCUGAUGAAUCAUGGAAAAAUUGAUAGGUAAUUGAACUACAAGAUUUAAUGAUUUUAUGAAAGAUUUUGUGUGUCAUCCAACCGUCAGCUCAGUGUCCACUAGAAAGCAUGCUUUUCUCUGCCUGCUUCUUAGAUGAAGUUGUUCUAAAUGUAUUGCAGCUAAUUUAUGAUACUUAAGAAGCAGGAGUCCUGGUGCUUCAGUGUUUGAGGAUUGCCUUUGAUUUUUCCCUCGUGAUUUAUUCUCAGGGAGGUAAGUUGGCCCGUGAUAUAUUCUUUUAAUCUGCCAGUCAUGGUAGAAAUAAUGCUUCACGUCCAUUUCUAUCAUUGUCCUACAGAUCGGGCUCACGGACAGGGGUUAUGGAAUCUGGGUGGAAUUGUCUGGUAAAAUGCAAGUCUUAGCUUGGUCACUGGCCAAUCUACGUCAGAAAACUGAUGUUUGCAUUGUUCUUGUGCCCAAUUAUACCCAAGUAUAUCUAGUCCCUUACAAGCUGAUAUAACCAAUCAAUGAGGGUGCCUAUUCUCAUAUUUUAUGUCACGUAAUUGCUUCCCAUAAUUAAUUGAGUGCAUGUAAUUGAAAUGUCAAAUAUGUUGCACUAAUUAUGGUUUGUCUUUAUCCUGAGAUUCUGUAGAAAUUCGUGCAGAGACACUUGAUGAUUUCGGUCCAACUGGUCGAUAUAACCAUCCAAAUUUUCUCAUGUUUGGAUCCAAAUCGUUGAAUCGGAGGGAGAAGGAACUCUGUGACUGUAGGUGAUGGUUUUGGCUGAAAUAUUGCACUUCAUACUCUAGCUUUAAGAGUCUAAUGUGAUCCCCGAUUUGUCCCCUUGAAUGUUAAAAGCAAGGUAGACUAAUUAAUGCUUAAUGGGGGGGCAUUCAUAUUUGUUCCGACCUUGUGCUAUUUACUAUUUUAUAAAAGUCUUGCUGUACAUAGUAACGCUCAUGUGUCAAUUUUAUGGUCAGAAUGUUAAAAGGGAAUUGAUAAAGGGGCAUGGUAUGUCUUAGCUUGGAGAUAGUGACAACGUAUUGGAUGAAAGGGAUGCAUAACAUCUAAGAAAACUGAAUCAAGUCAUAUGAAUGCUGCAGUUACGGCAAUACACAUUGACUGGUAUUUGCAUACUGUCAGACAUUGGACCUGUUCGCUCAGUUGUGCCGUGAAAGAAGAUAUCCAUUGCUGAGGCUUAAUGGAAGUACAUCCAUUAGUAAAUGGCAAAAGUCGGUCAAUCGUUUUACUGUUCCAUCUAAGGUUCGUAUACUCUCCUCACCUACCCACCCGCAAAAUGUCCCAUGUAGCCAGAGCAACCUUUCAAUUGACUGAGUUGGUUUUUGUUCUUUUCUGCAGGAUGAGUUUGUUUUUCUUCUGAGCAGCAAGGCUGUUGGUUGUGGGCUCAAUUUGAUUGGUGGAAAUCGCUUGGUGUUAUCUUUUCCUGAUUGGAACCCAAUAAAUAUAAGCAGGUAG